AUGGCAGAUACCUUGUAUGUAGGAUUCGAUCUAUCUACACAACAAUUGAAACUGACCGUUAUCAAUGAUACAGCGGACGUGGUAUGUGAAGAGACCGUUCGGUUUACUAAAGAAUUACCGCAGUAUGGAACUUCCAACGGCGUAAUCAUCAACGGCCACACAGUAACGUCUCCAACGUUAAUGUGGGUCGAAUCGCUUGAUUUAUUACUAUCUAAACUCUCGGCCAAAGCGUUCCCAUUUCACUCAAUUCGAGUAAUUUCCGGUGCUGCUCAGCAACAUGGAAGCGUAUUUUGGAAGCGAUCCGCAUCACAGUUAUUGCGCCAUUUGAAUCCACAAGAAACACUCAAGUCACAACUGAGAGAUGCGUUUGCCUUGGAGCAAUCACCUACUUGGCAAGACUCUAGCACAUCGGAAUAUUGUCAAAAGUUGGAAGAGAUUAUUGGUGGGGCACAGGAACUAGCAAACAUCACUGGAUCGCGAGCAUACGAACGGUUUACCGGUAACCAAAUCGCUAAAAUAUAUCAGAAUGAUUUACCAACAUAUAAUAACACAGAACGCAUCUCAGUCGUGAGUUCAUUCCUUGCUUCGCUUUUCCUCGGCGAUUAUGCACCAAUUGACGCGUCCGAUGCAUCAGGAAUGAACUUGUUUAACAUUCACAGCAAAACAUGGGAUGAAAGAUUGCUUAUUGCAUGUGGUGGGGAAGCACUGAGAGAAAAGCUUGGCAAUGUAGAAGUGUUUGGGCUGAAUGUAAUGGGCAACGUUUGUAGAUACUUUGUCGAAAGAUAUGGAUUUAGUCCAGACUGUAAAGUUCUUCCAUUUAUGGGUGAUAAUCCAUCAACCCUCCUAAGCCGUAAACUUUGUCCAUCAGACGUCCUGAUCUCUUUGGGCACAUCAGAUACUCUACUGCUCGUUACGACUUAUCCCAUCACGACUACAGAAUCCCACACGCUCUGCCAUCCAAUCAGUAACCAAUAUAUUUCUAUGCUAUGCUACAAGAAUGGAAGCUUGACACGCGAGCACAUACGCGAUACUUACACAUCCACCGCUUCCUGGGACUCGUUUAACACCAUCCUACGCACUCUAGUGUCCAAGCCGGAUGAGACCAAAUUUGGAUUUUAUUUUCAAGUACAAGAGAUAAUACCAUUUGCAUAUGGGAUAUACAGAUUCGAUAAUGGAGAACUGGUUGAUGAAUUUCGUGAUCCAAAUUAUAACAUCCGGGCGAUUCUGGAAUCACAAUUCUUAUCUAUGAAAGCUAGGAGCGCGCGGUUAUUACAUGGACAGAGAAUAGAGCGGCUGUUAGUUGUUGGCGGUGCGAGCGCCAACGAUUCGAUAUUACAAGUAUUAGCCGAUGUGUUUGGGGUUAAAGUCUUUAGUCCUCGUGAUGGUACCGCGAAUUCAGCUAGCUUUGGCGCCGCCAUGAAGGCUAGAAUGAUGGCAUGCGGAGAAGACAGAGAUGAGAAAAGUGAAUAUAAGCUUGUGGCUUCACCUAAUAAAGAGAACAACAAAGUAUAUGAUAGGAUGUUAAGUACAUUUGUAAAACUGGAAGAGAGAGUGGUCAUGGCACAAGGACCGGAAUAA